AUUGUCACCUCCUGAGAAUUGAAACAUAUGAGGUAUAUCGAAGCAUAAUCGACCAUCUAGAAACACGUUUUGCAUUUAUCGGGAGUCCAAGUUGUUAUCAUGGAGGAUCAAAACAGUAAUGGGAUUGCGAAUAAAAGAGCGCCAUUGGGAAAAUCGGAGGGUAAUUCGGAAAACAAGGAAGAAUGUACCGUCUUCGGAUGGGGAAAGAUUCGACCGAAAUCCCUCAAGUUCCUAAGUUCACCAAUAUGGUUCGUCGCAGUUUUCAGCGUUUAUAACGUCUUUCAAGGCAUAGCUUCGUGGGGUUUGCCGAAUUUGGUUUUGCCAAGUAUUGAGCGAAGAUUUUCUUUCUCUGCCAAAGAGUUGGGGGUGAUUGCGGCGUCGAACGACAUCUCGGGAUUGUUGAUUGUUGUGUUUAUCAGUUACUAUGGAGAUUAUGGCAAUAAAAUAAGAUUAAUGAGUGGAGGCGCUUUAGUGACAGGUCUUGGCGUAAUUAUCUUCGCUAUACCUCACUUUAUGAUUGGUCGGUAUUAUCCGGGGAGUUCACGUCACCAAGGUUUAUGUAGUCAUGGGAACGGAACGAUGGCGCAAUGCGUCAGUGAAAACAGCGGAGGGGAUUGGUACUACCUGGCAGUGUUUAUCAUAGCUAUGUUAACCAUGGGUGCUGGUAGCGCACCUUAUUUUUCCCUGUUCAAUGCAUACCUGGAUGAAAAUGUCAAACCCAAAUCCUUCCCAUUGUAUUUGGGAAUUUGUAACGUUAUCCAAUUUAUAUCCCCCGGCAUCGGCUUCAUAAUUGGUGGGAAGUUUUUAAGCAUCUACGUUGAUAUAGAGCAGCCUAAUGGUUUCAGGUUAACGCCGAAGGAUCCGCGGUGGAUCGGAGCGUGGUGGAUGGGAUUUCUUAUAUUCGGAGUGCUUAUCAUUCUCUGUUCUUUCGUCAUAUCUGGAUUUCCUCGCAUGAUGCCUGGGGCGAGGGAGAGACGGCUAAAUCACAUUCGCGAGGGGAAUAUUAAACCGAGCAACGAUUCAAAACAGCCAAGUCUGAGAAGAGUUCCAUCGGAAUUGAAAGACCUUUUGAAGAACCUCACCUAUGUCUUCAAUACGUUGGGUUUGACGUGUUUGCUCUUCUAUUCUACAGCGAUAGCCAUAUUCUUCUCCAAAAUAUUACGCAUGAAGUUUGGCCUGGAUGCUGUCCGGGCUGGAUACGUUUUAGCGAUCAUAAAUUUUACGGGAGCAGUGAUUGGAAUUAUCAGCGGGUCUAUAAUUGUUCGAUUGUUUUCAUUGAAGACGACAUGCAAGAAGGCUGCAGCCGCGACCGCCAUUUGUAAUUUACUGGUAAUUGGAGGAACCCUAAUAUACUUGAUACCAGCUUGCGAAAAUGCAAAUAUUGCUGGCGUUGCUGUACAAUACCGCAGCCCGAACCGUAAUCAGUCAAGCAAUUUCGGCUUACUGAAAUCCCGAUGUAAUAAGAAUUGUGGUUGUUCUCUAAAGUCGUUCUCGCCUGUGUGUGGAUCUGAUAAUUUGACAUACUUUGAUUCGUGUCAUGCUGGUUGCACACAACGACAUCGUAACAAGACAUUCUCAAAUUGCUCCUGCAUACCAGGCAAGACUAGAAAAGAGGGAGGUUCAGCUAGACUUGGUUACUGUGAUCGGAAUUGUAAGAACAUCGUGAUAUUUUCGGUGGUCGUCGUCAUAUCGUCGGUAAUUCGCUUUACAGCGCUUGUCCCAACAAGAACAGUUACCCUAAGGUGUGUUCCUGAUGACAAACGUGCAUUUGCUUCCGGGGUCACGUAUGUGAUUUACAAAACAAUCGGUCUUCUUCCUUCUCCCAUUGUAUUCGGUCACAUAGUGGAUGAAUCCUGCCGGUUAUGGCAAAAUAUAUGUGGAAGAAAAGGAAGAUGCUUUGAUUACGAUAUCGUGUCACUGAGUCGAAAUAUUACAUUGUUUGGUGUGGUUGUUGCAGUGUUAACAACCAUUUUCUACUUCUUGUCCUGGUAUUUCUGCAAACCGAACCAAACGAAAGCGGAAAUCGCUGGUUUCGAAAACGAAGGUGCUGAUCCAGUGCCACCCGAUGAGACACCUCUGUAAUGCUUUGAAAAGUUUUGUAAAUAUGUGUUUUCACUCGUCGUGUUAAUCUAAUCAAGAAAUUGAGCACAGAUAGGAAGAAUGAUGAAAAUGGCGGAUGAUAUAAAGAUGAUAUGAAGCCCGCUCUCCGCAUAUCUUCUGCUUACAUCAAUCUGAAAGCAACAUUAGGUAGCUUUAGCAGUAAAGAGCUUUAGUCGCCGAGUUAUUGAGUACGAGUUUGUUGGCAAAUUUCGUACUCCACAGCCCAACGACCACGAGUUUCGUCAGAUGGCGUAAGCAAAAGCACCAACUUGGUGCGAAAAUGACUCGUAGUCAUACUCGUAGUCACUGCUAAAGCUUUCUACUCUAUGUGUCGCGACAUGACUGUUGGAAUAUUAAACCUGGUUUCCAUUUAAUCGUAAUUGUCGUGAAAGUAAUUUUCACCGAUUAGAAAUAGUUCUGUUGUAUAAAUUUGUCUUUAUUUCCGUAUUCAAAUCAGUCACUGUUGACUGCACACAUAUUGCAAUAUUCUUUCACAUCACCCACCUUGACAUGUUCACGACACUAACGAUUUAAUGGAAACAAGGCAUUAAUAUUCUGGGACUUCAACAUCCAAUGUUAGAGUUAAAACUUUUGGAGUUUUGUUUAU